GAAGUUCAAAGUUCGGCCGCUACAGUGGAAACAGGCUGCUCGCUGGCUGCCCCGCUCGCGUGUCAACACCGGGAAAUAAACCGACUUGGCGGACACAGCAACCGGCGGCCACCGCCCCGAAGCCCCGCAGAGGAACCCGGACAUGUCCCCCCGCUGACCGGCGGCCGCUCUCGCUCCGCUGUCGGCGGACUGACACAACAAACGGCUAGCUAGCUGGGCGCUAACCGCUAGCACGCUUAGCUUGCCAGGAGCACAUAGCAACUGCGGCUUGCUAACGUCACCACCGCCGCCGCCACCGCCGCCGGGACCCCGGUCGUGUUUACCGCCGCUAUGUUCGUCCAGGAGGAGAAGAUAUUCGCCGGGAAGGUGCUGAAGAUACACAUCUGCACCAUGGACGGCACGGAGUGGCUGGAGGAGGUGACGGAGGACACCACCGUGGACAAACUGAAGGAGAAGUGCUUGAAACAUUAUGUACACGGAAGUCUAGAAGACCCCAAAACACUUACCCACCACAAACUUAUUCAUGCUGCUACAGAAAGAGUUCUCACAGACACUAAAACAGUCGCUGAUGAAAAUCUCAAAGAUAAAGACGUUUUGCUGCUCAUAAAGAAAAGACCCCCACCGACUGCUCCAAAGAUGGCAGAAGUUAGUUCAGAUGAAAAGAAGAAACAAGAUAACAAAGCUCCAGACAAAGAUGCGAUUCUUAAAGCCACCGGCAACCUCUCCACCCGCCACACUGACCGCACUGUUACCCAGCACAAUAUCAGAGAUUUUCAGACAGAGCUCAGAAAAAUCUUGGUUUCUCUCAUUGAAGUCGCCCAGAAGCUUCUUGCCUUGAACCCUGAUGCUGUUGAACUCUUCAAAAAGGCCAAUGCAAUGUUGGAUGAAGAUGAAGAGGAUCGGGUGGAUGAAACGGCGCUUCAGCAGCUCACUGAGAUGGGUUUCCCUGAGAGCAGGGCCAUCAAAUCUCUCAGACUAAAUCACAUGUCAGUGACCCAGGCCAUGGAGUGGCUAAUUGAACAUGUAGACGACCCCUCUAUAGACACGCCACUACCAGCCCAGGACUCUUCUGGGUCGGCAGGAGCCACGGCAGGAGCCACGGCAGGAGCCACAGCAGCUGCCACAACAGGCCCCGCAGCCGCAGCCUCAGCUUCCGCAUCAGCCAUCGCAUCAGCCUCUGCCUCUGCCUCUGCCUCUGCCUCCGCCUCCACCUCCGCCUCCGCCUCAGCCUCUGGUCCCAACCUUCUCCGCAGCCUCUCCAGCCAGUCGAGCACAGAGGAGAGUGGCAGGCAGGACGAGCUCACGGAGAUCUUCAAGAGGAUCCGCAGGAAACGGGAGUUCAGACCGGACUCAAGAGCUGUCAUUGCAUUGAUGGAGAUGGGCUUUGAUGAGAAGGAGGUGGUUGAUGCCCUGAGAGUCAAUAACAACCAACAGGAUGCCGCGUGCGAGUGGCUACUGGGAGACAGGAAACCUUCUCCAGAGGAUCUAGACAAAGGCAUCGACACCAACAGCCCACUGUUCCAAGCCAUCCUGGAGAAUCCAGUGGUCCAGCUGGGUCUAACCAAUCCCAAGACUCUGCUCGCGUUUGAAGACAUGCUGGAGAAUCCUCUCAACAGCACCCAGUGGAUGAACGACCCCGAGACUGGUCCCGUCAUGCUCCAAAUAUCCAGAAUCUUCCAAACACUCAAUCGCACAUAGAGCCUUUUGGUGACCCCUUUGUGUGACUGUGGCAGCUUGUGUGUGUGUGUGUUUGACCAUAUUGGGAUACGUGUGUGUGUGUGUGGAAGUGCGUGUAUCUCAGUAGAGACACAUGUAUUGUUUUUUUGCCUUGAUAAACACAAAGCUGGAGGAGUCAGAGUAUGAAUAAAAAUGUUAUAUAUAUAAAUAUAACUAUUUAUAACAGUACAGUAAAAACAUAUACAAAACAAAUGUUAACAUAAACAUUAUUAUUACUGUAAUAAUAAAAGAAUUGAGAUUUACUAUGUUGUUUUUACAUUUUAAUGAGAACAAUUUAUAAAGACAGACAUGAUUUAUUUUAUAUAAUUUCUCCUUGUGCAAAAUGACAUCAGAAAUCAAUUUGUUUACGGUUCAAAGAAAACUUCUUUUUUUUUUGUAUGUUCUGCAAUAUUUAAAUAUCAAUUUACAGUUUUGUCUGUUUUAAAUUGUUACUUUUCAUCAGAGGGGAAUGUUUGGAAGAAUUCUGUCACUGUCAUGUUUUUUCUCCCCCUUCUUUGUCUUGUUCUCCUCAAAAGAACUGCUUCUGUUAGAGAGGCUGAUUGUCAGAGCUGCAGCGUUACCUCUCUCCGUUCACGCCUGCGAGGUCACUGUAGGUCGACUGUAAAGAGAACAUUUGUCCUUGGAGCUUCUUCGAGAAUAUUUAUUUGACUUUCUGGCCUUUUAGAGGAAAGCUGUCCACUAAACUGUUUGUGUCUUAGUCAUGUUUUUACAAGAAAACGAUAUAUAUAUAUAUAUAUAUAUAUAUAUAUAAAUAAUAGGUUUGUGUGUUUUAUUGUCGAUGUGCUCUUGAAUGUCAUGUUAUAAUGUUGCGUUCAUUUAGCACCUGUUGACGUCUGUGAAUAUCGCUCACUACAGCACCGAGAAGUUACAGAAGCGGAUUUUUGUGUGUGUUAUGUCUCAAAAGGCUGUAGUGGGAUGCUGAAUGAAACUAAACCUUAUCAAAGGGGGUUUGUCUUUUUAAUCUUUAAUCCGAAUUUUGAGGAUUGCACGCUCACACUGGAGAUGCAAGCGUCUACGACAAGCAACCAAUGUCGGGUCUUCUGGUUUACUGGGUUUUCCUUUUCUCUUUUGAGGGCAAUGAACAUUUAUGCUGUCAAACCAAACCGUCACUAUAUAACCUGCCUUGGCAUUAGAUGUAUCCUUUGAAAGUACCCCAAUAUUUCUGUGCAAUAGCGAGGACUUAUGUUGACCUGUAAAGAAAUAUAUUUGAUUUGAUGAGAGUGUGCACUGCAAUGAGGCGUGUGUUAUACAAUAUUAGCCUUUGCAUUGAGCACUUAAACUCUCUAGCUACAUCGAGGUGAACUUGGCUUCUCACUGUACAGGGGAGUUAAAAAAAACAAUAUGGAGGACGGUGUGUUUUGCCAAGGUUUUGAGUGUUUUUAUUCUAUAUUUAAAAUGUGGUGUUGAUGUGACUUUCUGCUCAGGGAGGCUGAGAUUGUUUUUCUAAACCUGUCGUUACGGCAAACCUCUGCUCACCCCCCCCCCUUCUAGUUUGACAUCUGACAAUGGCUUUAACUAAUCCGCCUAGAACUUUGCUUAUGAAUGAGCACCACUGAAAAAUGGUUUUGUAAAUGCAAUAUUUGAAAAAUAUUUAAAUGUUUUAGAGAGAAGUGUUUGUUUGAGCUAUGUAUUAUUACAUUGUUUAUAUCGGAGCCAAACUAGUUACUUGUUUUUGUGUUCAUAACAUUUUUAGCAAAACCUCGAAGCUAAUCUACAAAUGUGAACAAAUUAAAUGAUUCAAAUCUUGUUUUUACAAACCAUUAUAAAACGUACUUAUAGACUCACAGGUCACAGUGUGAUUUCAAGUUGUGUUUGAAUGGAGGGUGAAGUCCACACAAGUCUCUGGAAGCCGGGCUGCUCUGGAGUGGACCCUUUAUCUAGUCCACAGUGAUCAACUGUUUUACCACCUCCAUUCUUGUCACUGGAAUGCAUACAAAUAAUAAUGGAGUUUUUAUUUGCCGCCCUUUUUUUCAAGAGCGUUGUCUUUCAGUCUGAGAGCAGAACUUAUUGACUAAUGCAAAUUCAAAUUUUGUUAUACUUUCAAUCAAAACCCUGCACUCACACUCAGAUACUCCUGCUGGUGCUUAGAUUUGCUCUUGUCCCCCCCUUGUGGUGGGUGUGUUAGCUUUACUUCUUUGAGAGUCCCGUACAGGGCGUUUAUUUUAACCACAACGAGGGUGGGAUUAUGUCACGUGCAGGAAAUCCAUCCAAGCCACAAAAUAUCUGAGUGCAAGCACACAGUUUGAGUUCUAGCACAGCAGAUCUAACCCUAGCAGGGGUUAUUUGAGUGUGAGCGCAGGGUUUUGAGUGCAAGCAUUACAAAAUUUGAUCAUGAAAUCAAUCAGUCCAGCUCUCAAACUGAAAAACAAUGCUUUUGAAUAAAGACAGGGAUCAAAAAUACAUAAUGUCUCUCUUGAAAUAGACACUGGGAGAUUGCACGAGUUUUAUAAAAACGCAGGCGUCAACAGGAACAGAAAGGAACAAAAUUGGUUGAACUACUUAUUGGAUCAGUGAAGAGUGGUCGGAGUCACAGGUUAUUGUUUUCACUCAGCUUUCAUGCAGGACUGUACCAGAUCAACAACCUAUGCAAUAUACUCUCACAGUCUGUUCAUUCAAACAGCCUCAUGGCUACUGGCGUCCGAAACACUAUCGCAUUAAAGUUAUUUUUUGUGGCUGUA